AUGCCAAACCUGUUCUCCAUUCCAUCACUUACUUUAACACAUACGCAAGCACUACAAGUCCUUACUACGAUCGAACAUGAACUCUCGCGCGUCUUCUCCGACCUGUCCCGCUGCUCAGGUGGUCAUCCCCUCCGUCACGACUCCUUCUACGGCUCACAAUACCAGGCUACCGGCAUGGUUCCCUUACUCUUCCACGGCGACCGCAUGGUCGAGAAGACGCGCAUCCUCGCUCCAAUACUGAGUAGCAUAAAGAACAGAUUGGAAGUUCAGGUUAGACAUUACCAAGCAUGGAGGAUGUUGCUAGCGGAAGGCCUUGCCAAAGAGGAGUCGAUUCAUCUUGCCAUCGAUGAAAGUAGUCCUGUGAAUAAACCUGCGGUGUUGAGGUUGAUUGAAAGACUCGCAGCGUUCCAGGGCUUUGCACCGGUGAGCAUUCCGGAGUCGAGACAUUUCGAAUGUCAGUGUCGGACUUGUGCUGAGAGAGCACGUACGCACGAGAAGUGGGACCUUUUUGUGCAGCCGGGUUACUGGCUUGCAGCCUUAGUAUUAAGGUCGGGAAGCGAUGUUGAGGACGUUUUUGAGGCGCUGAAGGAGUGGGGUGGGUUUGGGGAUAGGGAUCCGUGGCAUGAGUGCUAUGUGCCCGAUGAGACUCUGAAUCAUGUCAGGUCGUAUGAGGAGAGGCUGAAUGAUGAGAAGGCUGCCGAAGAGCAGUACAAGUAUUGGUUUAGGGAAGGUAUGGAUGACCUUGAGGGGGGGAGCGUAGGUAGGCUCUUUGGUGAAGAAGAAGAAGAAGAAGAAGAAGAAGAAGCGGUCGAGUGUAUCGAUGUAAUGUCCCCUAACGGCUCCGACAAGAUCAAGCAUAUUGAAGAUUUCGCCGAACAUCGAUAUAUCGAGAUAGAAACCGGAGACGAGAUAUUCGCAAAUAUCGCCGACGGAACAACAGCACCUGAGCAGCUUGUUGAUCACAAAUUAACACUCUGCCCUACCUCAGCACGAACAGACCCCUGCCCAGAGCACUGUCUCUCUCGCCGCCGCCGCCUCCGCGAUAAUAUCCACAACCCAAAAUAUUCGUCCUGUACGUACCAUUGUCACAACUCACACGCCCAUUUUGAAUAUGAGCAGAGUGGCGAGCAGGUUGGGUUCUGGCUUCCACACGGGCUGCAAAGUAGUCGUGCGAGGGCGAAGUGGGCAGUGACGACUAUGAACCGGAUGGAGAGGAUUGAGAUGGCGUGGAAUAGUUUGUUUGGAGAUGAUGGGUUGGGUGACGGGCUUGUUGCAGAGGUCAACUUGUGUGUGGCGGAGUUUCUGAGGACAGAAGAUGGACACGACGUGGAGACAGGAAGAGAAGCGAACUUGAUGUGA